CACCACAGUCUACGGCACCAUGAUGAACUCGUGCGCCUUAAAACGCGAGUCAGAGCGCGCACUGGAGUUGUUCAUGGAGAUGCAGGAGAAACAGUUACCACUGUGUGAACACACCUUUACCUCGCUCAUCCGGGCCACCUCAGUGCGUGCGGAUAUGCACGAGCGUACGUUUGAGCUCAUGGCGUUGUACCUUGCUAGCGGACACUUGCCGUCGGAGAUGCUGAUGUGCAAUGUGCUGUAUAGUUGCGCUCAGGCGGGCAAUGUGCGAUCCGCGCAUCAGAUAUGGAACAGAUUGUCGGAUGCUGAUCCAUACAAUCUCUAUGCCAUGCAGCCGUCACGACGCAUGUACACGCAGCUGUUGAAGGUGUACACCCGAGCCAUUCGUCACGAGGCGCCCUUAGCACUCGCACGUGCGACGUCAGCAGAACACAGGAUGCUCUCUUACAAAGAUUUGGGUCGCAUUGUCAUGGAGGAUGCCGGUGAUCUGGGCGAGCUAGCCGAGCUCACACGUGAAGAUAAGGCAUUGAAGGACGCCCAAGAUCUAUUGGAGAAGGAGAAGGUGAACGCAAGUAGCGGGUCGGCAGUCACAGAUCCAUCUGCUACACAACUAUCACUCAAUCCCAAGCCAAACGUCGCGAGUCUGCUCAAAUUCGUCGAUACCGCUGUAUCUCGCAUGAAAGCUGAUGGAUCUGGUCAUGACAUCUACUCGGUCAACGCCCUCAUAGAGGCGUACUCAUGGAGUUACCAAUUGGACAAGUCACUGGACCUACUGCGAAAUCUCGAGGCCUUGACAGGUGUUAAACCAAACACCGAGUGCUAUCGCGCGGUGAUUUCCUGUGCUGUUGCUCUGAAGCGUAUGAACACAGCCUUCGAUCUCUACGAAGAGUAUUUGGAAAAGAGGAUAGCUCCUGUACCUUUCGGCCAAGACCCUUAUGCAAAAGAUGCAUGGGACAGAGUCCCAUUCGUUUCGGCAGAGAAAUCGGACACGACCUCUGGCUCGAACACGGACACUGGGGAGUCAACACUGGCCACCACCACGCAGUCCAACAAGAAACGUGUGGUGCAGAAAGGAGCCCAUACAGAUGUGCGGUGUACGCCUGGCUACUUGAAAAUGCACCUAUCGUUGAUUAAUGGAUGCGCAGAGGCCGGUGCGUUCCAGAAAGCGGUGGAAUUGGUGCAACACCUGUGCGACAAUCGGGGAACCCCUAAACCUAACUAUAUGAUGAAGCUCCGAAAACUCGCCUUUGAGAUGGACGCCACCGAAUACUGGGAUCAGGCCAAGGCGUUGUGUCUCAAGAACGACCUGGAUAACGACUGGGCUGUGACGGAUAUCCGAUACAAGGACGCGUUUAAGAAAUGGAAACCCCCGAAGCUGAAGUUCUACGAGAAACGCCAACAAAUGCCGGGUCAUUAUUCCGACCUUGCAUGGGAGCUGAAUCCAAAGCCGGAAAAAGAUCCAAACAUCGAACCCCGAAGACAAAGAGAAAGAGUGGAAAGACGUUUGAAUCCAAGCGUAGGCUCGAGUCCGUAUGGAAGCAACGGCGGGAAAUCGCGUGGAAACUCAUCCACCAAAUCCGGUCCGAGAGCGUACGGUAGGACUACUACCAAGGGGCCGUACGAGAAAUCUGGCAGAAACGCGAAGGAUAAGAAGGGCCGGUCAUCGAGUGCGAAGGAGCGCAAGAAGCGGGACGCCAGCUUAACCGCCUAUGAACGGACUGUGCGGUAGUAUAGUGCUUAGGCACGAACUGACGUGCCUUCAAAGGGAUGUUUGGACGUUUGAACGUUUACAGCUGUGCGUAUGGAGGUAAGGGGAAUCAGUUGCCUUUGGCAGAAUGAUGCAACUGCACAUAGGAAACGUAUAGUUGCCGACAGACGGCCGCACUGGUACACAAGGAAAUCGACAACAGUGCAGGCGAGGCAAUGGUGCCGGGCCGCACCCCUCCUAUCUCAAUCGUGCAUAGUAAAAAUUGAUAAACAAUACGUCUGUCGUUCACCCCAGUGAAACCCAAACUGAAGUUGCAUCGACAAAUUGCUUCGUGCAUGAAAUGAAGCCAGCACCAAGACCCGUUAUCUGGGAUUACGAACGAGCCGGAUUUACUCGUGAGCGGUGCGGCUGAUGUGGCGUUCUCGGCUUUUUGUUUGUCACGGUGUAGAUUGGUUAUAGACUUACCCCGCAGACUGGCACUCUAGAGAUCGAAGAACACGCGAGGAUUCUGCUGUAUCUUUGGAUUGAGUGGAGUACGCGGUAUUCGGUCGGAUUACAAACCAUCUUCAGCAUGUUGACGGGACUGCCGGAUGCUGGUCACGGGCAACAGUACGUUCGCUCUGUAUAUAGAGAGGUAGAUGGAGCCACCUUAUGACUAUCACAAGCGGAGUUUUCUAAUCGUCUCCUGAGCCCUGAGGAGGUAUCGAGAAUUCAACCGUGAGUUUCAUGCCAUACCCUAUUCGGAUUUGAUCAUAUUUGACGUGCCCGCCUUUCCAGGCCAUCGUCGAGGAACGAACGAUAGAGAAGUGUUAUGAUAUGGACACUCGGGGCUGGGAUGAAAAAAACAACAACAUUCAACUGCUGGACUAAAUUGAAAGUAGCUUUUGUCAAACUUUCCUAAAUGUGAUUAAAAUAAUUAAAGAAAAGGAUCAGAGACUGGAGAGAA